UCUUGAAUUGCUUCGAGGCUAACGAGGGUGACUUAGUCAGACUAAUUUCUGAGUGGACAGAUAACGUUCAGUUCCUUCUGUAAGAAUGCUGCUCCCAUGCGAAAAAUCUAUUUGUCUAAUUACGGCGUUUCUUCUAGUAGGCGGCACAAGAACAACUGCAACAGGUAUCAAGUACUUUUUGGCAACUUGUCCUCGGCAGAACUGUGAUUCAGUGUGUGCAACAUUUGGUUUCCAAUGUGCUAAAGCGGGACAAAGCUUUCCAGCUUCAUCUGCUUUGCCUAUAUUCGAAUCUUUGGGAGUUUCGUGCAAAACUAUCAACGGCACCGAACAAUAUCAAAAUGGAGAGCAACCGUGUUACUUUGCGGAGUCUCACGUCCUGGAAUGGGUCGGAGUGUGCGUCGGAUUUAAGGGUAUCCCUGAAACCAUUGACUGCCACAUAGCCAACAACCCUUACAUCCGCAGGUUGUGUCCAUGUUAUGAUCCUACAGCUACUCCAAGCCCGAAUAUAUCCGGUAAACCACCGUAUACAACAAAACCUCUCAAGACGAACAGGGCCGCUCUAUCUACAGCUGACAACAAAGACCAUUCGGAAGCUAAUCCUUCAGAGCAGCAGAUAGCCCAGAUAGGCACAAGCGGCAAUGCUGAUAGAACAGUUCUCAUUGUUUUGGCCGUUAUUGCCGCUGUAUUAGCGCUCUGUCUUUUGGGAUUAGCAGUUCUCUUUAUGCGGAAUAAGAGAAAAUUUAUCAGAAAGGAGACAGAUGUCCACAACGAAAAGCUUAAUGUCAAAUUUAGCAACAACAAGAACGAUGCAGUCUUAUCUGAUAUGAUGGAUGGUUUAGCUGUUGAGAAUGAGACUGAUGAAGAAACUAGAUAUGCGAGCCUACCAGAGAAAUCCACAGACAACAUUAUGUAUGCAAGCAUUACCGAAGAAAAGAAUAUUUCUUGUGUGUCUGGUAACAUCAACCACGUGUAUGACAGAUUGGUGUGAGAUCAUUUUGCUGAACCUCUUAUGUCGAAGUUUUAUAAUCUUCAACAGUUGUGGAAUCAGCGUAGCCUAGACUCUGUCAUGAUCAUCAUUGUGGUUUAUGAUCUGGCAACAAUAUCAAGCAAAUCAAGACCGCUACCAAAUAAUUAGGAUAAAUGUGGUGUGAAAAUAGUUUCAAAACUAGAUGUCAGACAAAUAGGGUGCCCAAAACGACGCAAUAAAAAGUAAUUAUAACAUCUAUCCUUUUAUGUAU